AUGGUAAUCACUAUACUCCCUCCCUCGAUGCCGGAGGAGCAAUUCGACUUUUCAGACGACGAGUCAAGAGACUCAGAAGGCGACGUUGACAUGUCCGGGGACCAUUCGCGGCCUGCAAAGCGUCUCCGCCUCUCCAAGGGCGCAAUAGUCACACCGGGAGAAGUGAUAACGGAUGAUCCCCAAUGGAUGCGAGGUCACGGCACUUACACCCGCUCCGCACAUAACCCAUACUCCACCACCACCACCAACCCCUCCACAACAUCCAACACAAUCAUAGCCACCGUAGCUGGCACAGUCCUAAAAACCAACAAACUCCUCUCCGUCCAACCGCUACGAGCCCGCUACACUCCCGAAAUCGGCGACCUAGUCGUCGGGCGCAUCGUCGAAGUCCAAUCGCGGCGCUGGAAAGUCGAUGUCGCGGCUCCCUUGCUUGCCCAACUGCCUCUAUCCGCCAUAAACCUCCCAGGCGGCAUACUGCGCAAACGCACCACUGCCGACGAGCUGCAGAUCCGCUCAUUUUUCAACGAGGGAGAUCUGUUGGUUGCUGAGGUGCAGGCGGUGCAUCAGGAUGGCGCUGCAUCGCUGCAUACGCGCUCGCUGAAGUAUGGGAAAUUGCGAAAUGGGGUGUUUUUGACCGUUGCUGGGAUGGGCGCGGCCGGCGGGGUGGUUCGGGGCACAGGGGUGGUUAGGUCGCGCAGGCAGGUGUGGACGCUCACUGCGGGGAAUGGGGGUGGGGAGAUUGAUGUGAUAUUAGGGGUUAAUGGGUAUAUUUGGAUUUCGAAACAUGUUGGAGACGGGUUCGGGGUUGAUUCUGCUAGCAGUUGGGAUGUGUCGAUUACGCGCAUGGAUGAGAUGGUUAGUAGUGCGAUUUACUCGAGUCAGAAUGACGAGAUUGGGCUGGCGACGCGGAGGGAGAUUGCCAGGCUCUGCGGGUGUAUUAGGGUGCUUGUGGAGGGUAAUGUGAAGGUUGAUGAGGACACGGUCAUGAAGGCGUAUGAGGCGAGUAUGGAAAUUGAAUUGGAGGUUGGGGAUGACGGGAGUGUUGGAGAGGGCGGAGAAGGAAGAGAGUAUUUAGGUGGUGAGAAGGCGAGGAGAGUUGUAAAGGCUGCAUUGAGGCCAUAG